AUGUACAGCCGAGGUUGGAGAAAUCACAGCUCUGUAACUAAGUUUAUCCGCCUGGGCUUCUCCAGAAAUCCUAGGACCAACUGGAUCCUUUUCUUCCUCUUCCUCUUCCUUUACUUAUUUACAGUCCUGGGCAAUGGGUUCAUUGUUACCCUGAUCAGAGUAGAUGCACGCCUUCACACCCCCAUGUACUUCUUCCUCAGUAUCCUCUCUCUCCUGGAUCUCAGCUAUGCCACCACCACAGUGCCCCAGAUGUUGGUCCAUCUAAUAAGCAAGAAUAAGACCAUCUCCUAUGUUGGGUGUGUUGUCCAGAUGUACAUUUUCCUGACCUUGGGCAUCACUGAAACCUGGAUUUUUGCAGCCAUGGCCUAUGACAGAUAUGUUGCCAUAUGCUAUCCACUCCACUAUAGAGUCAAGAUGAGCCAAACCCUCUGUGUACUCCUGGCAGUCAGCUCUGCCCUUUAUGGUCUUACCUGUGCCAUUGUCUACACGAUCUUCGCAAUGAAUCUGCCCUAUUGUGGCCCCAAUGAAAUCAACCACUUCUUUUGUGAAAUUCCUGCUGUCUUGAUGUUGGCCGGUGCAGAUACAUCUCUUAAUGACCAAGUGGACUUUAUCUUGGGUUUCUUCUUGCUCCUGAGCCCAUUAUCCCUCAUCCUGGCCUCCUAUGUUUGUAUGUUCAUGACUAUUCUAAAGAUUCGCUCCACCCAGGGGCAAAUCAAGGCCUUUUCCACCUGUGCCUCACAUAUCAUUGUGGUCACCAUGUUCUGUAUUCCAUGCAUGGUCAUGUAUAUGAGGCCUGGCUCUGAAGCCUCCCCAGAAGAUGACAAGAAGUUGGCCCUGUUCUACAAUGUCAUUUCUGCCUUUCUCAACCCCAUCAUCUACAGCCUCCAGAACAAGGAUGUGAAGAGGGCUUUCCUCAAGUUAAUCAGAAGGAAUGAAGACACUCAAUAG